AUGGAGGUAAAACUAGAAGACCUCGCACGGAAAAAGCGAGAGCUGAAAACGGAUUUCACAAAUACGAGGAGAAAUUUGACAGUGGAGUCAACGAAUGAGGUGCCGAACCAAGAUGACGUAAAGACAUGGAGAAGCCACUUGACGACAGUGUAUAACGAGACCAAGAAGGUCAUCAUGGAAUACAUGGAAGCGGUGGUGGACACUGACUCUAGGAGACAUGCUGGUCUCCAGAAGCAGUACAAGCAGCUGGAAGGCCAGUAUUCCGAUGCCAUGGAAUUGGCCAGGAGUGUGCUCAUCAGGAGCAGCAGAGCGAGCCUGGCAGCGUCGACCAGGCAGACUCCCAGUCCAAAGCAAUCGCCACUGAGAGGGGCAACGCCGUUACUAGCGUCAGUACGAGAGGAAAGCAGAGAAAUUCUAGAUCUGCGUGCGGCGCUCCAAGAUGCACCGUUUCUUGGUCGCCAGCACGAUGCGCGGGUGACGUUGCCCAGGGCUGCAGACUAUGGAGAACGGGUGGAAGUAGAGCCGGACAGUCGUGUUGUAAUGUUCAGUGGUCAGCGUGUGGGGGAACCUGCCGAACCCUUCCCGACCGUUGCCAUGGCAACCGCGUCAGCACACGCGCCACCGCAAACGGAUAUGAUCAACAGCAAUGCAUGCACCGCUUUAUCUGCAGCAGCUGCAGAGUACCAGCCACGUAGUUCAGUGCUGCCAGCGUCAUUUGCAACUAUGACCACGGGCAGCAACGCUCCCGCUAUAAAUCAGGAACAAGGCUCUGCCUUCCUGAUCCACGAUCCUGCUGAUCAAACACGUAGUAUGAUGUAUGCAACGUAUGGCAACAAUAGUGCUAGGCCGCAGCAGGCAUACAUGUACCAACAACAGCAACCGCAGUGGAGUGCGAGCAAUAGUGCAGUCGUGUACAACUCACCUGUGUCUACUGGACCGUCGCACACCAUCUCUGCCGGAGCGUCACAGUACGGUGUGAGACCCAGCGCUGGCAUGCAAGCACCCCAGACCGCAGUAUUCGCCCCAGUUCCGACAUAUGUCGGAGGCACCGCAGCUCGACCUGCGCCACGGACUGCUCCAGCGGCAGCUGCACAGAUCAACAUCGCCAGCAAGUUGAAGCGGAUCGAAAUUGCCGUGUUCACCGGAGAGAAGCGAAAAUACGAGCGCUGGAAAUCCGCUUUCAGCGUUUGUGUGGACCAGCAGCCGCUCUCCGCUGAAUUCAAACUGCUGCAGCUCCGACAGUACGUGGCGGGUGAGGCGCUGGAUGCCAUCGAGAGUCUUGGCUACUCGGCAGCAGCAUACGAUGCUGCUCUGCGGCGGCUGGAGCGACGCUUCGGUGGGAGUCGCCGGCGCCUUGCGGUUAGGAUGGAAGAGCUGGAACGAUCUCCACCUAUUCGAUCCGGUAGAGCCCAGGACCUGGAGCGCUUUACCGAUGUGCUCGACAUGGCAGUGGUGACGUUAAAGGAUGCCGGUAUGCACACCGAGCUAGGUACCGGCAUUCUCUACCAGCGGAUCCAGCAGAAGCUGCCGGUGAACUUGUUGGCCCAGUAUCGCCGCUGGAUAGUACACCACCAAAAGGACGAAUCGGUCGAGGUGCUGCUGGAGUGGCUGAAUGCCGAGGCAGAAGUUCUUGCUGCCGCCACGGAAACUAUCGAAGGCAUCAGCCAGCAGCAUCACGUCAGAAGCCAAUUGUCAACCAGCGGGACAAGUCGAAAUCAGCCGACUCGGACGGCAACUGCUCACGACGCUGUGCAACCGCGCACGACCACGUUCGUGACAGCUACAAACACCGCUGGCAACGUGCCGACCGCAAGGUCCACAUGCCAAUGCUGCAAUGGUGGCGAGCACCCGAUCUGGCGCUGCCCAGAGUUUGAGAAACAAACUGUAAGCCAGCGCUGGGCAGCAGCGAAGCGAAGCAAGUCAUGCUAUAGAUGCCUUGCGACUGGGCACAGCGGCAAGGAUUGCCCACGGGACCGGGAGUGUGGUAUCGACGGGUGCACGCAGCAUCACCAUCGCCUGCUGCACAGUGAGCCCCGUCAACCGCUUCCAGCGUCGUCAACCCACGCCUCCGGAGAGACUGGAGCCAUGCAGCCGGAGAACUUCAGUGCUGUCUCCCUCGGAAACAGCACGAAGGGAGAGGAGAAUAGAGUACGGACGGUGACGUCGAUUCGGACAGUUCCCGUUCAGCUAUCCAACGGCAAGCGGUCGCUAACUGUUAACGCGCUGCUGGACGACGCCAGCACGCGCUCGUACAUAGCGAGCAAUGUUACGGCAGAACUCGGCCUGAUUGGAUCCAGCAUGUCGCUGACCAUCAGCAAGCUGAAUGGACAGCAAGAGACCAUUCACACUGUACCAGUAUCGUGCACUCUGCGAAGUGUUGACGGAGCCACGUCGACGACUCUCCAUGCGUGCACAAUCGAGCAGCCAACAGGCAACAUGGAAGUUGUAGACUGGCACCACCUGGGAAAGCAGUACGCACAUCUAGCCAACGUUGAGUUUCCGCCGCUACCGUCGAAACGCCACAUUGACGUGCUUAUCGGUGCCGACUAUCCGGAGCUUCACAUGGCGUAUGAAGAGCGCUCGGGUAACAGCCAUGAGCCCGUGGCGCGUCGGACGGCAUUAGGUUGGACCUGCAUCGGCCAAGUACAACCAGCACACCCAGCGGCGAGCUGCUGCUUCACAAUGUUCAGCGACGGUGACCUACAGAGCAGCUUGAAGCGCCUGUGGGAAAUCGAAGAAGUGAACAGCAGCACUACGAAAUUCAUGUCACGCGACGAUAAGGUGGCAGAGCAGAAAGUUGCAGCGUCGUUGAAGGUGACGGACGGCCGCUACUGCGUUGGCAUACCCUGGAAAUCCGAACGUCCAGUCAUGCCUGAAAGCCGAGCGAAGGCACUCGGCCGUCUGCACAGCUUGGAGAAGCGGCUGCGACGUGACCCAGCAGCAGCAACAGCGUACAGCGAUGUCAUCCGCAAGUACCUAGCCAACGGGUACAUUCGACGAGUGCCUGACAACGAGUGUGGAGGUUCUGUAAACGAAUGGUACCUUCCACACUUCGCCAUCAUCCGUGAAGAUAAGGCCACCACGAAGACACGUGUGGUUUUCGACGCAGCUGGCAUCAGCAAUGGUGUAGCGCUGAACGAUGUUAUCAGUGCUGGUCCCAAGCUGCAGCAAUCGCUACCGAAGGUACUCCUGCGCUUCCGGCAGAACAAGGUCGCCAUCAUCUGCGACAUCCAGGAGAUGUAUCUCCAGAUAUCCCUGGCUCCGGAGGACAGGCCCUUCCAUCGCUUUCUGUGGCGGGAUAACGAGCAGGAACCGGCCACAUACGAGUUCAAUCGAGUGGUCUUCGGUGUGAACGCGUCGCCUUUCCUAGCGCAGUACGCGGCUAGACACAAUGCUCAUCAGCACGCCGACACCUAUCCUCGUGCAGCGGAAACGGUCCUUGAGUCAACGUACAUGGAUGACUCCAUGGACUCUGUUCGAAGCGAUGAGGAAGGCGUUGAGCUCGUAAGGCAGCUGUCGGCGUUGUGGCACAAAGCCAGUAUGCACCCGCGAAAAUGGCUGAGCAACUCCACGGCGGUGUUGCAGACCAUCCCGAAGGAGGAUCGCGCUGAGGAGAUCAACCUCACGAAGGGAGAGCUGCCGAAUGUCAAGACACUGGGAGUCCUCUGGCUUGCCAAGGAGGACCAGUUCACGUUCCAGCUGCAGCUGUCGGAGAUCGGCUCAAAUCCUACGAAGCGCGCAUUUCUCAGUGCAACAGCAAGUUUGUUUGAUCCACUUGGACUCCUCGCACCGUACCUCGUGCAAGCAAAGGUCCUGCUGCAAGAGAUGUGGCUUUGUGGAGCAGCAUGGGAUGAGCAACUGCCCCCAGCAAUCGUCAAGAAGGUUCUCGGCUGGCUUGAGCAGGUGACGGAGCUAUCAACAGUACGUGUACCACGCUGCCUGACGGCCACGGGACGCACAGCAAUCAGCAGCCAGCUUCACGUGUUCUCAGAUGCGUCCGAGGUCGCAUACGGAGCAGUCGCGUAUCUGGUCAGUCACUAUGACACUGGAGAACCGACAGCACGGUUCGUCGCAAGCAAGGUCCGUGUGGCACCAGUGACUGCUGUCAGCGUUCCGCGGCUUGAGCUAAUGGCGGCGACAACCGGAGCAACGCUCGCCACAUCAUCCGCCGAGUCACUGAACCUCGACCCCCGAGCAACGACGCUAUGGUCGGACAGCAGCAACGUUCUGCACUGGAUCACCAACUACAGCCGCACCUUCAAGCAGUUUGUGGCUAGUCGAGUGGGCGAGAUUCAACGGCAAACCAAUCCUACCCAGUGGCGGUACGUGCCCACCGCGCUCAAUCCAGCCGACCUGGUCUCUCGAGGAAUGUCAGUGCAAGAGUUGGCGGGAAGCAGUUUAUGGUGGAACGGUCCCGGCUUCUUGGGUGCCGCUGAAAGUGAAUGGCCUGUUCAGCCAGAAUUGAAGCCCCGUCCGUCAACUCUGGAGUUGAAGAAAGACAAUCAACCGACGGACGAGUCCAUCGAGCUGACUGCGGUGACCGUCGACCAAUGCCACAGCGAGCUGAAUCGUCUAGAGCCAAGCCGCUACUCCGACUGGGUACGAAUGUGCCGUGUUCAUGCUUGGUGUGUGCGAUUCGCUACGAAUUGCUCAGUACCACCCGCACAACGAGAGUUUGAUGAAUUAUCGCCACAAGCGAUCCGAGACUCUGAGGAGUUCUACAUCAAGCGAGCGCAGCAACAGUCGCUACCAGAGUAUGCUGCAGUUAAGGCAGGCAAGCCGAUCCCUGCAACCAGCAAGCUAGUCUCGCUCAAGCCGAUGAUUGACGACGCCGGCCUGCUACGCGUCGGAGGUCGACUACAGCAUGCAGACUUCUUGACUGCAGAACAACGCAAUCCCAUCGUCCUACCACGAGGAGAUCAUGUGACACAGCUGAUUGUCAAGGCAUGUCACGAACGAGGAUAUCACGCGUUCGGUGUCAGCCAUACGCUAGCCGAACUCUCGUCGCGCUACUGGAUCGUCGCUGGCCGCGAAGAGGUGCGAGCUUGGGAAGCCAAGUGUGCGAGGUGCGCCCGGAACCGUACGAAGCCGGCAAUGCAGGUGAUGGCGCCACUACCUAAGGUCCGAGUCAGCCUGCCGCUACGCGCAUUCGGCCGAGUCUCUGUAGACUACGCUGGACCGUUUAUGACGAAGCAGGGUCGCGGCAAGACACAACACAAGCGGUACCUGUGCUUGUUCACCUGCUUGCAGACGAGAGCAGUGCAUCUCGAGCUGUCAUACGCGUUGACAACGGACUCGUUCCUGCAGGCGUACGUCCGCUUCACCAAUCGACGGGGAGUACCGAUCGACGUCAUCUCCGACAAUGGCACGAAUUUCGUCGGCGCCACCAAUGAGCUUGCUCAGCUAGUCAAGCAGCUUGAUGCAGAGGCGAUUCAGCGGCAGACAGCGGAUCAGCAGACUAGCUGGCGUUUCAACCCUCCAGCAGCACCACAUUUCGGCGGAGUGCAUGAGGCGUUAGUAAAAUCGGCAAAGCGUGCUAUCUCGGCGAUUCUGAAGAACGCGGAGGUCACAGACGAGGAGCUAUUGUCUGCUAUCGUCGGCGCGGAGGCGCUCAUGAACUCACGGCCACUGUCCUACGUGUCGGCAGAUGGCCGUGACCCGACUCCGCUAACGCCCAAUCAUUUCAUGUAUGGCCAAAUCGGUACUCGGUUCGCACCUGCAGGAGUGGACGAGAGCGAGUUCAACCCUCGGCAACGCUGGCGUGUAGUGCAAGAACUCGUGUUGCACUUUUGGCGGAGAUGGAUGCAGGAAGUCGUGCCAGAGCUGAACCGGCGACUCAAGUGGAGGACGGCCGAGACAGACCUCAAGGUCGACGACAUCGUUCUAGUGACAUCCCAAGACAACCCACGGGGCACUUGGCCAAUGGGUCGCGUCACCGAAGUGCACCCUGGUCCAGACGGACACGUGCGAGUUGUGAAGGUCAAGGUGGGCGACAAGACCUACACCCGCCCAAUCGUGCGUCUUUGUAAGCUGUUCUGUGAGUAG